UUAAUCUGGCAAGUUGCUUCGGCAUCCAAAGACGUUCACGGUUAAGAAACAAGAUACCUAAGAGUGCUUACAAUUUGAAAAAUGUCAGUGCCUUUGCAAUUUAGCUGAUUUUUGAUAAAUAUUGUCGUUUUAGCCUAAUUAAAUUAGCAAAAAUAUUUUAGUUCAUGUUAAAUCAAUUUCCGUAAUGAUAAAAAUUCAACAGAAGUUGAAUACACAAUAGCAAUUAAAAUUUCCGAAAACCCCGUCAAUAAUUUGACAGCAAAAAAAAACUCGAACAGAAAAACAUUUUGUUGCAAACCUGAAAGCCAAAGCCAAUUUCUUACAUAACGAAAUAAGUUAUUUAAAAACUUAAUGUUCAUUCUAUUGAUCAACCAAUCAAUUACAAAAAAAAUUGAUAAUUCGAUAUUUAGGGUAGAUAGUAUAGAUUAAACUCCUAAAUUAUACAAUCAUAUAUGGCUAACUACAAGGACCUCCUUCAUAAAUAUGUCGGAGAAUCGAUUAUAUCAAUGAGGGUUUUAUUCAUAUGGAAGGAUCCGGAUCUAACUUUAAUAAUUACGUUUAAUAGAACCAUAAUUAAGCAUUAUCAUACCUACCUAUAUUUUAUUUAUGAAAGUAUUUCGUUAAACCAUUCUUUUGGUUAAUGUGGGCCAAUCGAAUAGUUUCAAGAUGGAACCAACUAAAGCAUACGAACAUUUGCCAAUCUUAAAAUGGACGAUAUUUAUUCUAAAAGUUAUGGGAGGUUACCAAAUACGAAGAAAUGUGCUAAGUUACUUUACAAUGCUGUCCUUAGCAUUUCUUGUGUUUGAAAUUCAAUUGGAUAUGAUUUUAAAUUGGAACGGAGUGGAAACUUUAAAAAGAGUUGUAUUCUUACCAUCCGUCAGUUUGACAACGAUAAAAGGCUUCUUUUUAAUUUUACAAUCAAAAGAUUUUAUACAUAUUGUCGAUUUAUUGAAGCAGUUCUGGUCCAUAGACAAAUUUGAAGAAGAAUCAUCAAUACAAUUAAAUAAAGUGAUAGUUUUAGUAACACGAAUUUGGAAAGCAUAUGUCAUUAUGGUACUUUCAUUCUGCACUCUGAUGACGUGCUUGCCAAUGAUCAUGUACGAGAGUAAAGUUUUAAUUCUGAGCAACUUUGCCUUUUGCGAUUUGAAAGGAAAUCUCACAUGUUGGAUAGCGAAUUAUAUCUGGCAGGGUUUUUUGAUGAAUUUCCAAGCGAUUCCUGCUAGUCUGGGGUUUGAUCUAAUGUUUGUCAUCUUUACGGGAUACAUUUACAUUGGGUGUGAAAUGAUUAAAAUAGGAUUAAAACGAUUAAACACGACUAAUAUUACUAAAAGGAAAUUUAUAUUACGUGAAAUCGUGGAUCAGCACGAUUUUCUUUUGAAAUUUGUGUCUACCAUGAAUGACAUGUAUACACGGAUGAUGUUUAUGCAGUUUUAUUGUUCGUUAUUGUCGCUGAUUUUGGUUUUAUACAUGAUUGUAGCUGAUGGAGUUCCGCCAAAAUUUGAAAAUGUAUCAUACUUUGGAACACUAUAUAGUAUUUUAGCUUGUCAACUUUUUAUUUAUGCAUACAGUGGAACCAUCAUACAAACUCAGAUAAGAAGUAUGACAACUUAUAUCUUUAAUGUGGAUUGGUAUAAGGAACAUAGCACACAUUUACGGGAAGACUUGUCAUUAAUGAUCUUACGAGCACAAAACGCAACAAUAUUGAAUGCUGGUAAAAUGUCCGAUUUAAAUUUGGAACUUUUUGUUGUUACUUUGAAGAAUUCUUUUUCGGCUUUCACGUUAAUUUGGCAAGUAUCUAAUGCCGAACCAGACGUAUAAUUAUUUGGAAACCUCUGAAAUAUAAAUCCGUGAAACGGAAGCUAGACUCUCGUUUGAUGUUGUUGGGCCGAUUCAACACGCGGCAAUGCAAUGGAUACGCAUUGUAAAUUAUUACCAUUUUUCUCUACAUCCAGAUUGGUGUAUCAAAGAUUAUUUUCAUAAUAAUUUUAAUUAAAUUUAGAUUUAAUGUUAAUGCAAUAAAAAUGCCAGUAAUUUGUGUAUAAAUCACGGUUUUAAUUCGAUGUAAAAAUAAAAAUGUUGUUAUA